AUGGCCGAUGACUUUCGCUCUCCGCCUCUUGUUCUUCGUGGCAAUUUUCCCACAGAAGUCUCCUGCAUCGUAGAGGCGGAAGCAAACCGCGGAAUUCUGUUGUCGUUCAACCCCCCUCUUCCGUGUCAUGCAGACGUAGAAGACCCACGUCUCUCCUAUGCAGACGAUACAGUAGGCGUCACUCCUUCCCCGUUCGAUGGCGGUGAUAAACUUCGCUCGCCGAUUCACAAUGUCAGGCUUCUCGAAGACGUAUCGUUGUCCGCUGUUGAUCCUCAAACAGAUUAUUUGGAAAUUAUCACAACCGAAAUGCAGGGAGUGCAAAUGCAAUGGAUUCGUAAGCGAGGCGCGAUUAUGCCUGAGGUUUUGCAGUUUUCAAAGCACAGUAUUUGGACUAGCGAAGAUGUGCCGCUAAUGUAUGGAACUGUGAAAGAUGAGGAUCACUCACUGUAA